CACUCAUUCGGAUAGGUAAUGGUAAAAGAAAAUUCUGAUGAGGAGGGAAGCGAUGCUGUUGCAUGGCUUCACAUAAAUCCAGGAUCAAUUCAAAAUAACUUUGUUGCAUACCAAGACAGCUUCACAUCCUAUAUCCGCGCUGGCUCUCGAUACAUUGAGUUUCAUGGUCUUGAGAACGAUAAUACAUCGUGCUGCCACAUAAGGAUAAAAAAUAUCUCGGAUAAGGUAGGUGUGUUCCCCUUCCGCCCUUAA